GAGGAGGAGGAGAAUGCCAGGAGCAGCAGCAGCAGCAGCCGCCGCCGCCGCUAUGCUCCCAGCUCAGGAGGCUGCUAAGCUCUAUCACACCAACUAUGUACGGAACUCCCGGGCCAUUGGCGUGCUCUGGGCCAUCUUCACCAUCUGCUUUGCCAUCGUCAACGUGGUGUGCUUCAUCCAGCCCUACUGGAUCGGGGACGGCGUGGACACUCCUCAAGCGGGCUAUUUCGGGCUCUUCCACUACUGCAUCGGCAACGGCUUCUCCAGGGAACUGACCUGCCGGGGCAGCUUCACGGACUUCUCCACCCUGCCCUCCAGCGCCUUCAAAGCUGCCUCCUUCUUCAUCGGGCUCUCCAUGAUGCUCAUCAUCGCCUGCAUCGUCUGCUUUACCCUCUUCUUCUUCUGCAACACGGCCACCGUCUACAAAAUCUGUGCCUGGAUGCAGCUCACCUCCGCUGCCUGUCUUGUACUUGGCUGUAUGAUUUUCCCUGAUGGCUGGGAUUCAGACGAGGUAAAACGGAUGUGCGGUGAAAAGACAGACAAGUACACACUUGGGGCUUGUUCAGUCCGCUGGGCAUACAUCUUGGCUAUUAUUGGAAUCUUGGAUGCCCUGAUUCUCUCGUUUCUGGCAUUUGUGCUUGGUAACCGACAAGACAGCUUGAUGGCAGAGGAACUGAAGGCAGAAAACAAAGAUGAUGGAAAUGCUUAAAACAAACUAAGGUAGUAUGAGACGGAAUCAUUUCUGCUAAGCCAAUAUUCUCUAGAAUGAGCACAAAACAACAUGAAUAACAGCUUUUAUACAUCAACAUCAAAUGCAAAGAAGCUUAGGAGAGGACCGAAGAAAGAGAUGAAUGUGGACAAGUGUGGAACAUCCAACUGUCAAGAACUUCGUUCUAAAUCUGGAUCAGCAAACACAGAAGAGAUUCCUUGGAGGGAGGGAAUGGGAGAGGAGAGAGAGAGAGAGAGAGAGAGAGAGAGAGAGAGAGAGAGAGAGAGAGAGAGAGAGAUGAAAUCAUGGAUUAAACACCAGCUCAUUAGAAAUUGUCAUUGAAUAAGAUCUUCAGAAGAAGUGCAUGAGAAGUCACAUUCGGGAAACAUUUUAAAAACUGGGGGACAUAGUUGUUGCUAGAUUAACAUGUAAAAUAUAUAUAUGUAUUGAAAAGGUUUGUAAAUUGUCCUUUUUUAAUUAAACUGAAAAAAACAAAAAGCUUUAAACUUUCAACAUUAUAGAGGCAGUCAAUUCUAAACUAUUCCUAUCUCAAUAGCCAAGAGACUGAUCAAGUAUCAUUUAUUAAGGAAGCAUCAUAUUAAAUAAAUCUGGAUGUUUUCAUCAUAUAGGAGACAUGACUUUUACAUCUCUGACCUUCAUUUAUUUCAUUGUGUAAUUAGUUAUAAGUACUUGGUUAUUAACAUAUGUAAAGCUUCUAACUUUUUACAAUGUCUAUGUUGUUUAAUCUGUCUGUAAAAAUUAACUAUAUUGAGAAAGUGUUUUUGGCAUAUACUCUACCAAGCUGUAUAUGACAGAAAAUACAAGUGAUGAAUAGCAUAGCUUCCCAAACAACCGAGACAUCUCUGUCUUCAGGCAACAGCAACAAGGAACUCUGAAAAAUAUAGAAAUCACAUUUUCACCUUGAAUGCUCACAUGUUAUAUAUAGGCUGCUAUUAAAUACUUUUCUAUUUCUUCCUAGUAUGUGCAUAGGAAAUUAAUAUACUUUAUAAGUAGAUAUCUAAAACCUCUCUGAUUUUCUUUUCCACAUAACAUCCAAGGCUCAUAUGCUGUAAAACCUAACCUAAGGGCACUCCUCCUUCUUUAAAAAAUUCUAAUCAACCAAACCUAUUUCUAAAAGAUAGUAAAAGAUUCUAACAGUAUAUUUAAUUUAAUAGCUUUAGGAAUCAAUGAAACUAUACAUAUAUAAGGUCAAAGAAGCUUAUUAGAAAUAAGUUGCUUUUCUUUUUUUAUCAAGUUGGGAUUCAAAACAUUCAAGCAUUUUUAUUGGUUGUUUCACAGUUAGAAGUAGUUACAAACUAAAUAGGUUUUUUCUUUAAAUGCUUAACACACACACCCUUUUGUUUUUACAUAUCCCAGUAUUUGACCCUAGUAGAACCAUCCUUUUUAAGAAACAAACAAACAAAUAAAAGGCAAAACCAAUCAAUAGUAAAAUUGUGUCCAAUGGGGAAGGCAACAUUCUCUACCUGAAAUCUUCUCAGUCACUACCCUCAACCCCAAACUGAGAUGAUGGAUAUUAUAUCAUCUGUCUUCCAGUAUCAAGAUUGAAUAUUUAGGUGUAUUUUUUUAAGUUUAUUGCCUCUCCAGUCCCUUCUCCCUAUACACAUAUACAUACCAUACACCCGAUCCCAACAAUAACAAUAAAGAAAAAUAUUAAUAAAAAACUGAUUCCCUGAGAAUCUAAUUAAACACAAGUUAAAAUGUAUGUGCUGAAAUAAUCAGCAUAAAUUUAACCAUGCAUUUUAUAGGGCUUAAAAGUAUAGACUCACAUAUAGCACUCUUUUCAUCCAUAGCCUCUAAAUGAGAGUAAAUCAGCCAAACCGUAAUUUAAUAAUCCAGUGAAGUAUACUAAAUCUAGUCCUUCUGUUUGUUAUUGAAGUAAACCUAGAUAGAGUAGAAUAUGAAAAAGUGGUACAAAUGAAGCUCGUUUUCUCUUGCCGUUUAUCCAUGAGGUCCAUGCUGAGUACUUUGCUGAGUGGUAUGUUUUCCAAGUGUUUCUUAGUUCUACUAUCAUUAUGGUAUCCAACCCAUUACUUUUGUGCCCUACUUCAAGAAAACUCAAUUUAUAAACCAUGAUGAUUUCCCAAAUCAAUAAAUUACAGGGUGAUUCUUCAUUUCACAGAAGAAUUCAGUACCAUAGGUUUCCUUUAAGUAGCCAACCCCACUUAUUCAUUUAGAAUAUCCAAUUGCAAAGUCUCUACCUACACACAACUUUCCAAGAAGACAUCUGCUACAUAAAGGGAGGUACCUCUGUAUUUUAUCUAUACAUGAAAUGGAAGGCCCUGGCUUUCUGUAUUCCAUGUAAAUUAUUGAACACAUGUAGAGUUAUGCAUCCCUAAUGGUGAUGUAAAAAAUGUAUAAUAAAAAAGCACUUUCUAGACACAUACAAACAUUGGGGGAGGGGGGAGUUUUAAAAGUUGCCAUGAAAACUUAGUGUAAUUUAACAUUACACUUCAGAGUGCUCUGAAGAUAGGUCAGUGACAAUGUACCAUUUGUACAUAGACAAAACAAACCGUCACAAAUAUGUAAAUCACUAAAUGUGAAUUGAGUAUAAGACAUACAUUUUUAACUUUUUAAAAGGUGACUCCCUUUCUCAUUCUGUUCCCAUUGUACCUCGUCCAAAAUGUUGUGUGUAAGUUUUUUAAGGUCCAGGAAAUGUAAAGAAAAUUGUUGGAAUACCUGACUUUCUGUAUAAAAAUAAAAAUAAGUUUUUGUUACUAA